CUGUAAUUAUUCCUGACAAAAAGAUAAAUUUUAUUUUGUCGUGAUGUCGCACUAUAUUUAUUUUCCCUCAUUAUUUGCCUUUAGUGAAGUAAAUACAAAUGUUUUUAACAAAAUAUUGAUCAAAAAACAAUAACCUUUUAGGUGUUGUAACAGAAAUGUAGAAUAUACGUGAAUAAUUUAUAAAUGUGUUAUUGACAAACAUUUAGUUUAUUAUUUAAAAUAAUUUUGAACAGUAUGACCUAAAAUUAGUGGAAACAUGAGUGAAAAAAGAAUCGAAGGUGAACCAAUCUCUGCAUGGGAUAUUCCUGGCCCUUCUUCGCUGGCAGCCAUUCUGGAUACCGUCAAUACAUCAGAAGCAUCGGAUAAUACACAUCGAAAUGACGAAAUGGAAUGUGAGACAUUGUUUGCUGAAAGUGAUGAUGAUGUAGAAGUAUUACCUGCUUCAUCUGAUAGUGUUACUGAACAAAACACGUCUAACUUCAAUAAACGCAAGUUGAUAUCAACAAGCUGUGCAAAUUCUACAUCUGUGAGCCAACCUUAUGAAGUAAAUGCUGCAAUGUCAUACCCAGUGUCAUCUAGAACACCGGUGCCACAAGAAUAUCAACCACUCCCAGAUAGUUCUAGCACUUUUGAUUAUGCAGGAGAGAAUCCUGAGAGCAACAAUCACACUCAAUCAAUAAGAUAUAGGCCCAAACCACUGACUCAUGAAAAUGGAUAUUAUUACCCUACUUAUAUGCAUUAUCCUAGUGUACCACCAACAGGAGAGUAUGUAGUUGCACCAUAUACAAACAGCACAAUAUUACCUUUAAAUUACACAGUUGCAUCAAAUGCACCACAAGUGCCAGAUACCAGCAUUCCACAUGUGCGAUAUGAGCAUUUGCAACCGGUAAUGAGCAACAUGUAUAACAAUAUCCCUGAUAAUAGACAAGAACAUUCUCAUUAUAAUCACUUGGAAAGACCGAGCAGAAAGUUAAACAUCUCGCCUAGACGACGACAAUCGAAAGAAAAUGAAGUGAAUUCUAAUUUAAUUGAAGUGAGUUCUGAGGAAGAAGAAACAAUGUCCGUACCAAGAAAGAAACAGUGUGAAAGUGGUGUCGGUCCUAAGCAAAGUAACAAUGAUGCAUUGCAAAUUGCUGGCUGUAGUCGGGCUACUAGUUCACGGGUGGAUAUAAAAAGAGAGCCAGCUGAGAGUUCUGAGACUACAACAACAAGUACAGAACCUAUCAGACCAGAAAAUACGACAAGAAGAAGGCCUAAUCAGCAACAAACAACAGGCUCCCAACACAACUGUCACAAUGUUUACACUCAAAUAAAGCAGGAGCCCCCUGUAGCAUCUAGCACUAACCAUAAUUGUACAUGUAGUCACAAGUAUACAAAUUCUCAACCUACAAGAACAAUAAGUGGGUCAAAUCCUAAUUAUUUUAAUUUCCACAAUGGAUCUCAUCAUCAUCACCACCACCAUCACCAUCAUCAUCAUAGAAAUUUUCAGUUUCCUCACAACAACUCUGCUCCUGGUACAUCAAGUGUUAAAGAGGAGCCUGGGAUCCAGCCAGUGAAUAUUAAAGUAGAAGCUACAUCUGUUCAAAAUAUGGGUGCUGGUUCAUCAUCAAGUGUAGCUAAUAUAAAAAGAGAAAGUGUUGAACAUCCCAUUGUGAAAGUUGAACCAAAUAGAGACAGUGAGAGAGUGAAUGAUAGUAAUAUUACUGUAAAAACUGAGGCCCAUGAGAAUCAGUGCUGUGUUGAUGGUGGUGGAGACAGGAGAGUGAAGGAAAAUUCACCACAGCCUGGAACUAGUUCAGGCAGAAGUGCAGCACAGACUGUGAGCUCUACAGCUACCAUUGGGAAUCAGGAGCGGCAAGAAUCUUCUGGGGCACGAAAUGCGCCCGGAGGCAAUGCUACGGGAGUUCUGUCUGCACCUGACUUGCAACUUGAUUGGGUCUCAGACUCCAGUUCAGAUGAUGAUGUUCAAGUAUUGGGGGAAGAACAAAGAGAUCGGGAAGUAAUCGACCUGACCAGCUCGCCGAACCGCAGCGAGAGCCAGGACGACAGCAGCACGACGGCCACGGUGGGGUCGGUGCGCUCGCCGCGGCCGCUGUUCGAGUCGGUGCCGCACCGCGACCCGCCGCUGUGCCACACCGCGCCCGUGCCGUGCCACGCGCACUUGGUUAGGACAAGGGUGCGCUGCAUGAUGCCGUGCCGCGGGUGCUGCUGCGCGCCGCAGCCGCACCACGCGCACGCGCACGCGCACCCCGCGCACUCGGCGCACCACCCGCACGCCGCGCACACGCAGCACAUGGUGCCGCCGCUCGCGCACCUAAGUGACCGUCGCUGCGAGGCGAUACCCACUGCGCCGCCAUAUUUGGUCCACGCGAGACUCUGGCAUCGCCAACAGCAUACACUUGAGUUGCAACGCCGCAGCUUAAUGGGCAAUCUGAACCCGGAGUUAAUAUCUUCGAUGCCGCCUUCCUACGUUCCUAGGCCUGCGCCUAUGUUAGGCUUCCCUGACGAGUUAGAGCAACGUGACAUGGAACCGGCACCUCUGGUGAUUGACGGACAACACCUUCAUCACCAUAUGCACCACUACCUGCAAAUGCAUCCGCCGCACCUACACAUAUCAAUCCAACCUUCAGUGGUGGGCGGCGGCGCGGGGCUGGCGGCGGCCGCGCUGGUGCAGGUGGCGGAGGCGGCAGAGGCGCGGCGGGCGACGCGCGGCGCGUCGCGCGCGGUCAUCGAGCGGAACACGUACCGGCACGCGUACGCGCGCCCCGCGCCGCACCACCAGGACGAGAAGUGCACCAUUUGCCUCUCCGUCUUCGAGGUCGACUCGCACUGCCGGCGCUUGCCGUGUAUGCACUUAUUCCACAUGGAAUGUGUUGAUCAGUGGCUGGGAACCAACAAACAUUGUCCAAUUUGCCGAGUCGAUAUUGAAACUCAUUUGAGUAAAGAUGCUACUUUCUAACUUGGCUCAUGGGUUAACUUCUUCUGGUUGUUACAAGACCUACAACAUUAACUUCAUUUAUCUGAAUGUAAUUAAGUUAUUCAAUAUAGUAUGUAAAUUAAUUAUUCUUUAUUAAUUGUGAAAUGAAAAGAAAUGAUUUCUGUUGUUAUUAUACUUGCAAGUCCAUUAUCAGACUAAAGAUAGGUUGUGUUUAUUUUAAUAAAACUAUAUUUUAUAAAUGUACAUUUUCUUACAUAAUUUUUUAACACUUCAUGAAAGUUACAUUGUAAGAGUAAUUAAUGAAUUUAUCUGAUUUUUGACUUGCAAUCUUAAAAAAAUAUUUUAAGUUGUAUAAAUUGUUCUGUUAUUGUGUUCUGAAUGUUAUUAAUUAAAUAUAUAAACAAUAU